AUGUAUCCUUACAUGGGAUUAUAUGGUCACGGUUUGGGCUACGGCCAUGGAAUGUACGGCAUGAUGGGCCAUGGAAUGCUGGGUCACGGCAUGUUGGGUGACGGCAUGUACGGCCACGGCAUGUACGGCCACGGCAGCUUCGGUCAUAUGCCUUACUUAGGCUACUCGUCCAUGUAUAAUUCCUAUGGUCAUCUUGGAGGUCUCUACGGGCGCAGUUUUGGACAUUACGGAAGUUUGGGCCACAUGGGCUAUGGAAAUUGGUGCUGA